AUGGACCCCUCUAACGGUUCUCGCGGAAGAGGCCGGAAGAGUUUUACUUUUACAAGUCCCUUUGCCGCUACUUCAUCACCUCAUAACUCAUCUGAGCAGCCUAUGCAACAACCUUCAUCCGCAGCAUCUUCUUUUUCUUUUACUGCAGAGACCCCGAGCCCUUCCGCUUCUAGGGAAAAGCGAAUUCGCGCUCGCAACAUCGACAGUUCCGGCACUAUGCCAGAAGAUUCCGCAAGCAAAGGAGGACGCUCCUUGAGAAAACGUCCUCGUGUUGACUAUACAUUUGACCAGCUUGAUGACAUUGAGAGCCACAAUGCAAAAUCUACACCCAACGCCACUCGCACAUUGAAGAGACGGAAGACUGACUUCGUUCCCAAUGGGAAUGAGACGAACGAAGAUGCUGAAGCUCGCACUAGCAGACGAGCUUCCGAGCAGCCUCAGCCAUCAUCAUCUCGCAAACGUAACACUGGAAAGUCUACAGCAGAGCCUCAGACUUAUGUACCAGAACAGCAGAUGGAUGAUGUCGAAGUACGAGACACCAUUGAAGUUGGUGGACAUCAUAGCGGAGAGUCGGAUGAGUCGAUGCUUAGACGCACUAGCACUGGCUCUGGCUCUGGCUCUGGCUCCUCGAAUAAUGGGACCAAGGCUCCCAUUCCUAACAUUUCCGUUGAUAUGUCUAUUUCUUCGGAAUCCUCACAAUCAUCGAAGCCGUCGGAGACCUCAGUGCCUUCGGUGCCUUCAGAACCCUCACAGCCUUCGCAACUUUCACUAUAUACCGCCUCGGGCGAGAGCCACACUGAUCUCCAAAAAGCUCAACCCGAAACUAUGGCCGGAAACGAAGGUGAAUCCCGAGAGCAAGAAGACGAGGCGGAGGAUGAUGAGAUGCCUGACAUAGAUGACAAUCAAACCGAACCCGACUUACUCGACCAUCUCACUCCAUAUAUCAGUGGCUCUUUCGUUUACUACCCGGACUACCAGGAUGAUGAGCUCGAGCUGCCGGAAGCCGAGGCAGAGCCCGAGAUUGAUGCUGAAGCUGAAGCGAACCCUGGUACUUCAGUCAAUGCUGAGGCAGAUCCUGAAGCUAGUCUAGAACCCGACGUGGCUAACGAAGACGGCCCAGAAGUCGUCGCUGCUGAAGAAGCGGUUGUUGAGGACACUCCAGCCGACACUGCCGCAAAUUCUCCCGCUGCUGAAUUAGAGUCAUCUGGUACACAACCAGCAGAUAUGAAACAAUUCCGGUUCAAGCAGACUAGAGAGGCAUCUGAAUUCACCGAUCUGUUCAAAGACAUCAAGUCUUUGUCUCCCAAAGAGCUCUAUCGAAGAGUCGAAAUUACGAACAAGGCUCUUGAGGCAUGGCAGGAAGAGUUCAAGGAGCUGCGAAAGUGGACAGAUGAUUAUGAUAAUUCAAUUCGCAACCACAAAGAAGAGGAAGCCUUCAAUCGUCGCUUCAAGGCCGCUAUUGCAAGAGACCCUAGCGCAAACCCCAUUCAAAAAGACUUUGUCGUCAAGGGCGUUAGAGCCAGGGACACGACAGAUCCAGAAAUCGCCUAUGCCCGACAGCAAGACAGAAUCAUGGCCAGCGUCUACGGAUUCGAAUAUGAUCCCAGAGCAGAUAAAGUAGGCAAACAAGACCCCAUUGCGCAACGAACUGGCUUGGGUCGCCACGGGCGUCUUCGCGAGAGACCCAAACAGACUGCCAAGGCAGCCGAGGCCGAAGAUCCCAAUAUUAUUCAGGGAAAGCGAACAAGAAAGCCACCCGAGAGGUUCAACGAAGGUGAAGCCACUAGCAGAGGCUCUACCCCGGUUCCAGCUCAACGCCGAGGACGUCGUGGCGCAUUGGCACAAGAGAACGGCGAGCCUCAAUCUCAGGCUCAGAAUACUAGCGUACCGAGCGUAGCACCCGAGCCGGCCGAGAAAGAACCGCCUAAGAAGAAAGGAAAAGGCGGCAGACCUCGUAAGAACCCACUCCCGGCACCGGAAGCUCAACCUACUCCGGCCCCAGAACCAGAGCAUGAAGAGCCCAAUCCCGAACCCCAGCCGGUUAGCGACUCACGACCCAAGGUGCAACCAAAGACACUAUCCAAGUCGCAAGCUAAGCCCGGUCCCAAGGCUAAGCCUGUUGCAGAACCUACGCCACAGCUCGAUACGGAAUCCAAACCAGAAUUAGCGCCCUCGCUUAAGAGAGGAAAUGAGGAGGCGGCUGUAGAGGAAGAACAGCCUCGCAAGCGUAAGCGCAAGGCCCCUGCAAAUGCUACAGCAGUUGUAGAACGGGAGGAAGAAGAAAAUGUGCCUAAUGGUGUAGAGCCUCUAACACCCUCAAAGCCGGCUCGUCGCACGAACUCCCGAAAAUCCGAUAUUCCAUCCGGAUCCUUCAAGACUGCAACUCCCAAGACAGUUACUUCUACGAGUCAUCAAGCCGAGGAGCCUCGUCCUCCUACUGCAUCAUCUACUGCAACAGCUGAGACAGUGGCGUCUACAAGUAACUACCAGCUCCGCGAGAAACGCCAAAGAAAGUUCACUAAUGAUAUCAACGAUGAUGACUUCAUUGAAGAACCUAAACCCAAGCGUGCUAAACGCGCCCCAAAGAAAACACAGACCAAGGUCGAAGAUCUCACACCUGCUCCGGAACCAGCUCCUGUCCAGCAAACAGAGCAGAAGGCUCCUCCCGCACCUAAACCGCCUACCAAGAUCAAGUUCAAGGUAAAGAACCAGCAUCCCGCCCCCGUACCCGCUCUCAGCACACCACCGCUAGUUCCUUCGAACUUAGCACCAGUUCACACCGACCAUACUACCAACGGGAAUUCUAAUGGCGACAACGGUAGCAAUGGGUUUGCUGAGUCUAACACACCCGACGGAGAGAUUGGUGCGGACCCCAACAAGGACUACAAUUCUAUGACUAAGUCUGAAAAGAUGUCCUAUUCUAUGAAAGCUCGAUGGGCAUCUGGCUCUAUGAACACAGCCGUGGCCAAGCGCCGUGCAACGCUUGCCGCCAAGAAGCAGAGCGCCAAGCCGCCUGCGGGAGCUAAUCCUACGGUUCCCAACCAAGCAGGAACGCCCACCUCUGGAUCUACGCCAGGUGGCGACGAAGACGAUGAUGCCACUGCCCUAAGGCAGUAA